UCAAAUAAUGGCAGAUAUUCAUGCGGUUUGUGUCAGACAAUUUUAUAUAAAUUAGAAAUUGAUUAGUCAGAUACACGAUUUAAUAAAUUUCGUAUUCUAAGUUAUUUUCGCACUGACGUGUGUUUCCGGCAUUCACAUGUUUUAAAAAUGCUAGCGGUGAUGGAAGCAUCACAGAGUGCUGGACCUAGUAAUCCUGCGAGUACAGCUCCUCCAACUCCAGACAGUACAACACAUACUCAAGAAUUCUUAUCUUCUGGCCGCACAGGACGGAGAAAUGCUUUGCCGGAUAUAUUAGGUGAGCAUGCCGUAGUCACUAGUUCAGAUUUGCCCUCAAGACUGCAAGGUCUUUCGACAGCUGACAAACCAGCAGAGGAUCAACGUAACAAACCGGGAACUAGUAAGAGCUGAAGAAUUUUGGAAAACUAUGUGAGUUUCAUAACUUAUUUAUACUUAGUUCAAUUGGUAAUGGAAAAGAAGUACAAAAGUUUUUGUUUUGCAUACAUCUUUGAUGUUUUAGAAGUGUAAUCUCAUGUAUGUAAUGGCCUAGAAUACUCACCAUGGCUAUAUACUUUGCAAGAAUGCCGUUUUAUAACAGUUUGUAAAGAUGUUUACUUGGAGUAUCUGCAAAAAUGUAUUUCCACUAUUAUGCAUAAAUCCAAUUGAAUUACAAAAUAUGCAAAUUUUAAGAUGGGUGUUUUUAAGGACACAUUUGUUAUCAUCAGUCGUAUAAAAUUAAAUGUGUUUUGUAAAUACAAAUAAAAAUAUUUUAAUUAAUGUGUAUCAUGCAUAUUUUCCAAAUUAAUAGAUUUAUUUAAUUCCAAGUAAAUUUUUUGGUAACAAAUAUAUAUUCAUUUGGAAAUUAAGAAAACUUGUAGAAAAUCUAGUAAUUUAACAGUUUUUUUCCUUUUCCUUUUUUUACAAUAUGGUUACAAUCUUAUCAGUUUCAUAAAAAAAAAAAAUGUGUUUACUAUUUGAUGUGCAUAAUUGAAAUAUAAACUUGCAUACUCUAUUUGCCACAGUGUGAAAGCGUAAUAAUCACAUUACUUUAUUUGUAAUCAAUUUUGCUUAAACUAAUCCAUUUGUCAGGUGCAUCUGUCAAUUUACGACAUAAUUGAUGACUUCAUUAAAGAAAUGUGUCUUUUUUUAUACCUCCAUGUGAAGUUAUACUUGUAUUUAAGUAUUCAUAUAAACUGUACUUCAUAUUUGUUACAGUUAACAAUAUUUUAGUAAUUUUUUGUCUAAAACUAAGACAAUAGUUUAUGUUUGUAUUUAACACAAUUUCUAUGGAAAAAUAAUUAUAGAAGUUUCCCAAUAUAUAUAUAUAGAAAGACAUUCCUUAACUUUAAAUUAUUGUACAUAGCUGCAUUACUCGAAAAAUAUCAGUAUUAAUUUUAAUUAUUUUCUUAUACAAUAUGUACACAUUAUAUUGGGUUGGGGAAUAAUUAAUGUCCGUUUUUUUUCCAAAUUUAAGAUAUUUUAUUUUUAACUCUACAAUUAUCAAUAGGCUAAUCUGUGAUGGAUACUCCAUUGUUAUUUAUGGCCUCCAAAUAUUCAACAAGUUUCUCAAUGUCUGUUCUGUAGAAAUGCUUUGACUCGAGAAACUCGUCCAACCAAGCUCUUAACUCUUUGUCAUUGUUAAAAGAAACAUCAUAUCAGAGCAGAAGAGGUAAAAAUUAGAUCGGCAGGGUAAGGCGGGUGGAACAGAACUUCCCAACUCAACUCCCAAAUGGCCAUUUUAUAUUGGCGAUACAUGGUCACGCAUUGUCAUGGUGUAAAAGAGCGUUAUAUCGCCGAUCAGGUUUUUUUUGUUGAAUAGUCACAAUGGAGUCGCUGUAGUUGUUGGACAUGAAAGUUCUGUAGUUUGAUUGUUUGGUAAGAGUUUGUAAUAAAAAAUCCCUUUCCAAUUCCAGACGCAUAACAUUGUCUUUCGAGGAAGUUCUGGUUUUGUUCACGGAGUUGCUUGUUUUUUAGGGCUUAACCACUCUCCGCUGUUUCAAGUUCACGUACAGACACCAUUUUUCAUCACCAGUGACAAUAAAAUAAAGAAAAUGUAAUAUCGAUUAAAAACAAAAAGAAGCACAUGUCAGAAAUUAUCAAUUUUAUCAACUUGACAUUCCAUUUCAAUUUGUGAAAAUUCACAAAAAUUAAUAGACUAGGCGGUAUCUGUUUUGGUUUGGGUGAAU